GGAAACCAGACUCCAUGGUUUUCGCCAAAUGGCUGAUUUGUAUUCGAGCGAAAUCGUUUGUUUUCUCAAACCGCGAAUGUUUUCUUUUCCCGAGUCUUAUCGGCGAGCUUUUUCAUGGACCUAAGUUACAUCUUUGUUUACUAAACAUGCGUCGCGAUCUGCAAACAGUCGUUCCGAAGACCCGGCGGUGCGAAAACAGCGUCUACUCCGACGUAAGCUGGCUUUUCCAGUCGAAUGAAUCCCAAAGCAAGUUUUAAAUGCAACAAAACGCCUUUAUUUUCGUUCUUGUCGUGCUUUUAUUCGAACAUUUCCCUCGCAUUCUUUGUACAUGCGCUCCUCGCCGGCAGUAGAAACUUCGCUAAGCUAACGAGCAGCUCGCAGAAAUGGAGAUCCACAUCUCGAGCCUCUUCCCGGAGAUCCUGGCGAUGAUCUUCAACUACCUGGACGUUAAAGGCAAAGGCAGAGUCGCUCAAGUGUGCACGGCAUGGAGGGAUGCUUCAUAUCACAAAUCCGUAUGGAGAGGAGUAGAAGCCAAACUCCAUCUGAGAAGAGCAAACCCGUCACUCUUUCCAAGCCUCCAAACCAGAGGCAUCAAAAAAGUCCAGAUCCUCAGUCUGAGACGAAGUCUUAGCUACGUUAUCCAAGGAAUGCCCAACAUCGAAAGCCUGAACUUGAGCGGAUGCUACAACCUUACCGACAAUGGUCUCGGUCAUGCCUUCGUCCAGGACAUUCCAUCAUUGAGGAUACUCAACCUCAGUCUUUGCAAGCAGAUCACUGAUUCCAGUUUGGGACGGAUCGCGCAGUAUUUAAAGAACUUGGAACUUCUGGAUCUCGGUGGGUGUAGUAAUAUCACCAACACGGGGUUGUUGCUUAUCGCUUGGGGCCUUCACAAUCUCAAAAGCCUGAAUCUGAGAAGCUGCCGACAUGUUUCAGAUGUAGGAAUCGGACACUUAGCAGGAAUGACCAGGAGCGCAGCGGAGGGCUGUUUGACUUUGGAGCACCUCACCCUUCAGGACUGUCAGAAGCUCACCGAUUUGUCCCUCAAGCACAUCUCCAAGGGUCUAAACAAGUUGAAAGUUCUCAACCUGAGUUUCUGCGGUGGGAUAUCCGACGCCGGGAUGAUCCACCUGUCACACAUGACCCAACUCUGGACGCUGAACCUGCGUUCCUGCGAUAAUAUUAGCGAUACAGGCAUUAUGCACCUCUCAAUGGGCGCUUUGAGGUUGUACGGCCUCGACGUGUCUUUCUGCGACAAAGUGGGCGACCAAAGUCUGGCUUACAUCGCGCAGGGCUUGUACCAACUCAAAUCCCUGUCCCUUUGUUCAUGCCACAUUAGUGAUGAUGGGAUUAACAGGAUGGUCCGGCAGAUGCAUGAGCUCAAGACGCUGAACAUCGGCCAGUGCGUACGCAUCACUGAUAAAGGCCUGGAGCUCAUUGCUGACCACCUAACCCAGCUGACAGGGAUCGACCUGUACGGUUGCACCAAAAUCACCAAAAGAGGACUGGAGAGAAUCACGCAGCUGCCCUGCCUUAAGGUGUUGAACUUGGGACUUUGGCAGAUGACCGAGGUCAAGGGUUUAGGAGACGCCUCUGAGAUCCUACCUUUAUACGCCUCCUAAAACUUCCGCUACCUCAGAUUUGUUUUAAAGACUCAUAUUAUUAAGACGCACAUCUGAAAAGAAAGGGGGCUGUUGUAGUUCAAAUUGAAUCAGCAAUAAAACACUGAGCAGCCUAUAUAGUCUGAAUGAUGACGCUUCCCUUGAAUGCCUUUUGUGUUGUUGUUGUUUUUCCUGUACUCGUUUAGAGCUUCAUAUUGAGGUUAAACUAACUUUUAUUCUCAUUUCCACUGACAAACACACUUUGUCACUGCCUUUAAGUAUUUAUCCUGAAAUACCAGCAUUAUACUGUGUGAUUGGAGGGAAAAUGUUUACUGUGGAUGGAAAAGCCGCCUGUUGGUUGUUUGGGAUUACUCCAUGGUAAAAUUGAACAUAUGCAAUUAAAACUUUGUUUAAAAAAAAAGAAGAGAAAAAAAGAAGGCCAGUUUGCUUGUUAAAGACCUACAAGAUGUCUGUUUAUUUUCCUAUGAUAAAUGAUUAAAGCUAAAGUUGUUUUUAACUAAA